CGGAAAGCAAUUUCACGUGAGAAUCCUCGGAUGAUGGAUCCCUUGUUGGGCCGGCAGAACUUCCCCAACCUCGGCGAUCGCUGUGCCGACCGACUUCCCCCAACUCCGUGAGGAGCGCACUUUCAACCGCACAUAUACUUUAUACAGUCUACCACAUUCCACAUGGCCUCCAAAAGACGGGGUAUCGACGCAAAAAGCCGGCUCAUGAAAGAGCUGAGAGCAUCUCAAGAGGAGGGUGAGAAUGAAAUAUUCCUAUACCUACGUCCCGUCGAUGACGCGGACCUACUACACUGGGAAGCUGUAUUGAAGGGCACAACUGGAUCACCGUACGAGGGUGGACUUUGGGGCCUUAGCAUUGCUGUCCCGGCAGACUAUCCCAUAAAGCCGCCGACCGUCAAGUUCACUACUAAGAUUGUGCACCCGAAUAUCGACUGGAGCACGGGCGAAAUCUGUUCCUCGCUAAACAACGACUGGAAACCGAGUGUGGGUCUCUCAGGCGUACUCGCCGCUAUUCAGCAGCUGUUGAUGUUUCCGGAUCCGGAUUCGCCACUGAAUGUUGAGAUCGCGGUUCUAGUGCGCAAUGGAGAUUUCGCUGGUUGGGAGAGUAUCGUCCGGUACUGGACCGAGGAGGAACGGUGGGAGGAAGGUCGGAUUCCUGGACGGCGAUGAUGGUUUCUCAGAACCAGCGCGGACAUUCGGACCACACAUACCAUACGGCUGUGCACAUUCCGAUCAUCUCGGAUAUUUUGCACCUACUCUACAUACGAAUCAAUGAAUGUAUAUAAUCAAUGAGCUAAUGAGUUUAAUAAUAGAGCACAAUUUUUG